UAUGGAUGGAUUUCAAGCAGAAAGCCUGUUCUAUGAAAGCGAAGCUAUGGAAGCCGCUCGCUGUAGGAAUACGAAUAUUCAACGUCUUCUGUAUGCUAGGCUUGAAAAUUUGGACAGAGAAGAAAAGCUAAGAAAAGAGAACUUUUUUACAGAUUGGAAAAGAAUUGAUAGGGAAUUAAAAGUUUUAAAUCAGGAGAAGAGAGGUCUUUUCGCUGCAGAUACUCUCCCAAGAUUAACCAAAGAACCGGAUAUGUUUAUGUUUAUGCCAGCUAAUAGAGCUAGAUCCUUAACAAUGUUAGAAUUCGAUCAAAGAAUGAAGGAAAUUCGGCAACUACGAACGACAGAACGUUUAAAACAUGUAAGGCUAGCAACUCCGAAAUGGAAGAAAUCAGAUACAACAAAAAAUAUGUCUUUAUCUGUCGAAGAAGCGAUAGAAAAGGCCAACGGAGCAGAUAUCAAAAUUAGUCCUCCUCCAGAGGAACCAAAUCAGUGGGACAAUCAAUUUACAUUUCGCUAUCUUUCUGAUAGCAAAGUCAGGAGAAAGUUACUUGACGAUUGUACAGCUAGUCCUAGAAGGAUGGAUUAUAAGAAAAUGAAAAUUCAGCAAGAUUAUGAAAUGGAUAGAAGAGUUCGUCUUGUCAAAAGAUCAUUGGAUGCUAGUACCCUCAGAAUAAAUAGAGCGUCAAGUAGUGUAAGUUUACGCAGUAGCCAAUCAGAUUAUUAUUGA